CAUGUCCCUUUCCUCCAAACUCAUCAUCCCUCUCCACCUCUGCUUCCCAAAUUCUUACCCCAACUGCAAACUCCCAUUUUAUAGUCUCAAACCCUCUUUCUCUCCUCUAAAAAUCUUCACAAUCCGAUGCGCCAAGCGAACGAAAAGGACAGGAAAAUUGAGAUACCCAUCAGAGAAAAAAAAGCUCAAACUGAAGCAACAACCCGAGAUUGGUGUUGAAGACAAAUUUCAUGGCUUUUGGAGGUUGUCUAAGCUUGCAGUUUCAGCGCAAAAAGACCCUGGUAAAGAUUUCCUUGGUGUUUCAGAGGCUUUGCUUGAAGAAAUUGCCAAAGUUCUUGAGUUUCCGGUUGCCUCCAUGUUGCCGCCAGAGGCAUUCUCAGUCGUUAGGAAAUCUUUUGAUGCGAGGAAGAUUCAGAAGGAGCCUAAGUUCGUCUAUACAGUUGAAAUGGAUGCUAAUAAACUUCUAAGUCUGGAACCUCGGACUUGGGACUUCAUUUCUCGAUUGGAACCCAAAGUUGGGCUAAUAGAGCAUAUGCCUCAUGAGAGAGUUUCUGGUGAUUUAAUUCGUAUAAUACAUGAUACAAGAAAGAUCAAUGAAGCUGCAGCUUUGAUAGAAAAUGGCCAAAGCAAUUACUUGGGAGGGUCAUACAAGUUUCCAACUACUAGUAAACCAAAAGUUGCUGUUGUUGGUAGUGGGCCAUCAGGCUUGUUUGCAUCUCUUGUCCUUGCAGAAUUUGGUGCGGAUGUCACGUUAUUUGAAAGAGGUCAAGCAGUUGAACAAAGAGGGCGUGAUAUUGGUGCUUUGGUAGUUCGGAGGAUUUUACAAUUGGAAAGCAAUUUUUGUUUUGGGGAGGUUAUAUCUUUAUGCACUUAGUACAUUUAAGG